UGAUGAAGCAAAAUAAUGGAAGACUUAUACUUAAGGUUAAAAAGCGAAGAGAUUCUGUCCCAUCAUCAAACAAAGUGAACCAGCAUAUUCUAAAUAACAAAGAAAAUGAAGAAGCAAAACGUGGUCAGAAAAGACCAAAUCCUUUUACCAAAUUGGACACUGUUAAGAAAUUACAACGGAGUAGUCCGUUGAAAACAGUUGAAAACACUUUCUUAAGAAAACUUGAAACUUGUGGUAAAAGUAGGCACAUUAUUGUGUCACAUGAAAGUACAGCUGCUGAAAGUACUAUUCCACACAAUGAUUUUAAAGAGGAGACAGAACAGCCGAAAUACUCAUAUAAAAACUUAGAAUUCCCUCUGGAUUGGAGUUUAAAACAAAAAAUUAGGUUCAUGUCAAGUAAGCCUUUUGAUAAAUGCAAAAACACUAAAUCAGUUGAUGAAUCACAAGGCAUUGUUGAUUUUACAGAGCGAAAAUUGGAUGGAACAAAGUUAUGUUGUUGUCUUCAUAACUGGAUGCACCCGUGUUUACCUGGUAUAUCUAAUUUUCCUGUCAAAUCAAAAUCUACUGUUGGAGUAAAGGAUGAUAAAAGUUUAAAUAUCAUUGCAAGUAAUAAAAAGUUUGGCGACUUUGUCAUGGAUCAGUGGAGAUUAAGUUUUCAAUCUUUGUUCAAUAUGUUAAAAACUAAGCACUGCCCGUAUUUUUACUUGUGUUCGUAUCAGUUGACAGUGUUGUUUAAAGCAUCUGGUGUUGGUGAAAAUCAAAUGGUUGCUAUUGUUACUCCUACUACGAAAGGAUUUCGUCAAAUGUUGAAAGAUGAAGGCAUUUCUUUUGAGCUUCCACUGGAAAGUACGCCAAUUAACGUAUUAGCCGAAGAAAACUACUCUGAUCACGAAGACGAAGAAUGUGAAGCAAACUUAUUAAAUGAUUCAAACAAUGAUGAUUUCUUGGACAGCAUCGGGUUAAGCAAAGACCAACAUUUUCCGAGUAUUGAGGAACAACAAAGAUUGGAUGCAAAAUCAAAAAUGCGUCAAUUAGAUAACCGACCAGAAUCAACCAUUAAAAUCAAAAAUUGUCAAGCUUUGUUUAAUUUUUUGCUAAAUGCAAAGUUUCUGUGUCCACCUUCAGGCAACAUGAUGGGUGUUCCUCCAACAUUGCUUUCUCCAGCCCCCUUUGAAGGAGCAACAUUGUCUAAAUGUAAAGUCACACAUGGACCAGUGAAGCAUGUAAAGAAAUGGAACACUUACAUGGUAAAUUGCGUGGAUGUAAGUGGCUAUAUCUUACCCACUCAACUAAAACGUUUAGUGGAACUUUUUGCGGAUAAAACACACGAUGAGUUGAUCAUUCAAACGAAAACCUUUGAAAAGCUAUGCCCACUAAACCUCAACAAUGAAGAAAAACUCGAUCAAUGUUCGAUCAAUGAUGAUAAUAGAUUUGGCGUGUCGUUAUCAAUGUUGGGUUAUUUAAAUCAAAAGUGCACCGCUCUUCCUGAUCAUUCAGAUAUUUUAUUUAAUGAUAACGAAUUUAAAUUUUAGCAUUUUAUCACUUGCAUGUAUUUUUUUAUCCAUAUCUUUGAAAUAUUUAGCGGACAUGUGAAGUCAAGGGAAAGAAUUUCCCACCAAGCAAUACCUUAUAUUUUUAGUAAUUCUUAAAUGUCAUACAAAAUAUUAAUUAACUUGAUUGACUAUUUAUUCUAUAUUUUAUUUUAUUUUUUUUACGUCAUAAUAUAUAUCACUAGUUAAUAGU